AUUCAGUCAUUUAGCAUGUAGCCCAUUCUAUUCCUGCAUCACACACACACACACACACACACACACACACACACACACACAAAAGCCUUUGGGACCAAAAGACACAGUUAUACCAAAAAUACUCUUAUAAAAUUCCUUUGCAUGAACAAAAACAAAAUUUAUUCAUCAUCAUUUAGCAAUUUUCUAAAUUAAGUAAUGAACUAACCAAUUAUUGAUCACUAGUACGUGUCAAAUCCUGUGUUGUUGAUUGGGACUAUGGUGAUAAACAAAUCAGUUACAGUCACUGCUUCUUGCAAAAUGAAGUGGUUAAAUUAGCACAGAUCAUGGAGCCUGACAACGUGGGUCCGAAUUUUGGCUCCAUCCCUUACCAGCAUGUGCUCUGGGAUAAGUUAAAAGUUCUUCAGUUUUCUUACCUACAAAACAUGAAUCCUAUCUGAUAAAAAUAUCGUGAGGCUUAUGUCAGUUUAUAAUGAAAAACACAUAGAAGGGUACUAUAUUAAUUAUCUAUUGCUGCAUAAAUUAGCAGCUUAAAACAAUAUACAUUUAUUAUCUCACAGUUUCAGUAGGUCAGGGAUCCAAGCAGAGCUUAACUAGAGUCCUUCUUUCAUGAAAUCAAAGUACUACAAAAGUACUGCACAGUUUGAUUACUAAGUCAUUAGUUGAGAAGCAAACCUCACAGAACUGCUUCAUGUCAGCCGAGGCCACAAACAGCAUGUAUGACACAUUUGAACUGAAAGAUUUUGACAUGUUCGGAAUACAACAUUAAUGCACAUUGCAGAUUCCUGGUGCCAGAAACAAGAAUGACAGGGGGACAAAGCUAGACCUUAGUAGUUUCAUCCUCCUCGAUUUUAACUGAAGCACUCUCUUGAGCUUUGGCCAACAUAUAGCACUUGAUCUCUUUCUGGUAGCUUUUACCAGGGUGGCGGCACUGUGUUACCCACCUGCCUCUGCUUAUCCAGGAUUUUUACAAGGGUUGAGGUCUCAUCUGAAGGCUCAACUGAAGAAGGAUCUACUUGCAAGUUCAUGCAAGGGUGGUUGGCAGGAUCCCACAUCUUUGGGGGAUGUUGGACUAAGGGCUUCAUUUCCUAGCUGGCUGUUCCUUGUCUGGGUAUUUCAGGUGUGACACUGAGUUUCAUUAAAGCCAGCAAGGAAGAACGUCUACUUUUAAGGUGGAAGUUGGAAUCUUUUGUAAUCUAGUCAUAGACAUCAUAUCCCCUCAAUGCUAAGGGAUUCUGUUGUUUAGAAGUAAGUUGCUGAAAGUUAAGAGAUUAUUUGAUGCUAGAAAUCCCAGGGGGAUGAGAUCAUUUAGGGCUCAUCUUAGAAGCUGCCUACCACAGGUACCUGGUACAGAAUACAUGCUAGCUUUUGUUGUUUAUGGCACUUACAGUCCAAUGAGGGGUUGUUGAACUGUGGAGGAGAAGGGAAAAUAGACAGCUUCUUGGGAGCAAGUUUGAGGACCUUAAGGCAGGAGAGAGAUAUGGUAUAUUUGAGGCACUUGGAGAGGACUGGUUUUGCUGGAGCAUGAAGAUGUCAUAGAGGAAAUCAGGGGUCAGAUGGCUGAAAGGCACUGUAAGCCAGAGGAGGAUCUGGGACUUUAUCCUGAGGAAAUGGAAAGCUAUUGAAUUUUCUGCUUGGAAGUUACAUAAUGAAAUUUGAAAAUAUCACUUUGGUACGUUGUGUGAAGUAUGGAUCAGAGAGAAGCAAGAGUGAACACAGGAAGGCCAUUUUGGGGGAUUUCACAAUGCUCCAGGUGAGAGGUAAUAAUAGCUGGGACCAGAAUGGUAGCAGUGGGAAAGAUAUUACAGAUAUGUAAUAACAGGACAUGGUGAAUAAUAAGAUGAGGAGACGGAGGUGCAGGGUGGUGAGGAGGCAAAUAACGAUCCCAAGUCCACCCUUUAAAGAACUAGAUGAGUAAUGGCUUGUAUACUACCAAAGGGAAUAGUGUUUUCUAGAAAGAGCAUAUUUUGUGGGGAAAGAUGACUUGAGUCUUGGAAAUAAUGAAUUUACGGAUCCUGUGAGAUAUCUAAGAAUAUAUGAGCUUAUCUGCCAAAUGCAGCUUUGGGAAUUGAAGAGAGCCUAGGAGCUCUGAAGUCCUUUAACCUGCAAGAGUUGCGAGGAAGAUCUUCUUUCAGAAAAGGAGAAUGAGAAGAAAUGACCAGAGCAACUGGAGAAAAAUCAAAACCAAUAGGAAAAGAGAAUUUUAGGUGGAAGUGAUUGGUCAACUGUGUGAAGUAAUUCAGAAAGGUCAGGCACUGGCAAAUGUCCAAGAAGCGAGGCGACUCAGGGUUAUUCAUGACUUUGGCACAAGCACUUCGGUAGAAGGGCAAACAGGGAAGCUUAAUUGGAUUGAUUUGAGGAGAAAAUGGGAAGCAACGUGAUAGAGGCUACAGAUAUAAAUAUACACAAUACAUCUGAGAAGUUUGCCUUUGAAGAAGUGGGGAGAAAUAUGGCAGUAUCUGGAGGGGCAGAUGGACUAAAUUGAAAGCUUUGUUUUGUUUCACUUGUGUUAAAGAGAAGAAUUUAUGUGCCAUUAAACAGGUAGAAAUUGGCUAGCAGAGAUGGGGGUGGGUGGGUAAGAGGAGAGUAGGAUGAACUGAUACAGCAAGGUUGGUUUCUGAACAGAUGUUAUAUCUGUAACCCCAAGUUCCAGUGCAGGGGCUGGGUUUAGAAGGAGGGCUUUCCAUUUUAACAAGGCACAGAAGGAAAGGUUGUAGACUUCUUCAUGGCGCAUUUGUAGAUUUGGUAUUAGAACACUGAAUAUGUUCUGAUAGAAUGGCUUUUAUUGCCUUUUUAAGAAACCCUUUUCCUUCAGGUGUUAGGUAGCCAAAGCAUUCUAAAUCCUCGCUACCCCAAGUGUGCUCUUUAGAUCAGCAAUAGCAGCAUUACCUGUGAGCUUGUUAGAAAAACAGAAUCUCAGGCCCCACGCCAGACCUACCUUGUUAAAAUUUAUCUUUACAAGGUUCCCAGGUCAUUUCUGCUUACUUCUUGAAGGGCCUUUCCAUAAUCAUAUAACAUUAUCAUAAAUACUGAUCUAAAGCUGAUUUUUAUCAUACUGCUAGGAAGAGAGUUGAAUGCCUUGGUCUUUUACUGGAAUCAAGGGGGUGGAGGCAUGAAGGAUCACUUGGGAGUGGUUCUCUGUUAGCUUUGUGUAAACCAUACAAUAAAGAACUUCUUUGAUAUACUUCUGACGCAUUUCAAGCUGGAGAUCUAUGGGCGAAAACAAAGAAUUUUUUUUUAAAUGAAAAUAGUUUUUCCUGCUAAAAAGCUGAAUGGGACUUAAUUAUAAGUGGUAACGAAGAUGCUAACCAGUGAGCUGUGUGGGAGGACUAGAAGCCAAUACGUAUGGAAUCAUAGAGUCAGAGUUGGAAGGCUAUCAGAGAUGAUCCAGUACAAGUGCCCAGCCAGAGCGAGAGUCCCGACAUCACCCAGUCUUGUAGUUUCUUUCACCGCCCCCCCCCACUUCCAUUCAUAAGGAACUGGCUCCUUUUCAUCAGUAGGGCCCAUUCUCAUCAUUAAAAGCCAAUUGUUAUCAGAGUUUUCUUUCCUUAUUUUUAAUAUUCCCCUGGAAUUUCUACCCAUCGGGCCCGAUUUUGGCCACGAUAGGCCGUAAGAAUUUUCACUGAACCCCUUGUUGCACAACAACCCCAAAUACACUUGCUACAGGAAUUUCAUCCACCCUAAGUCCUCUCUUGGUAUUUUCUUCAGAAAUAUUCACAGCUUCUGAGCUCUCUUUGUUCCAGCCUCCUCCUUCAGGAUGCACAAUAAUUUCCCACUGUGCCACCAGGCAAAGCAAUGCCUAGCACAUCACCUGACUAAUGAAGAAUAAUUACAACAUUAAUUUUCCGCAAUCUAUUUUUCUAUUAUUACAGCCCAAUAUCACAUGAACUCUUAGCAGCCAUUUCACACCUUCGGAGUCUAUUAAAAACUUGUGGUCAGUUGUAAUCCCCUGAUUUUGUUUUGUUUUCACAAGGAGUGUUACCAAAUGAGGUAUUUCUACACCUGCAUGUGUGCUAGAGUGUGUGUUAGUCUCGGACCUUCCCCUGGAUCACUGGAGAGUCAAGGACUGGUCGCAAACCUCAGUGUGAGGCACUAUCCCAUGACCUAAUCAUGUUGAUGGCACAUGUGAGGUAUCAAAGAAAGCACCUUGUCCUCCUAGACGUGCUCCUCUUCUAAAGAACGGCCUAUUUAUAAACUCAGUCUUUUCAGAGGACCUGAAGUGACCAGGCUGUUUACCUUUCUAGAAGCUAAUUUUUUAUUCACAAACUGCCCCUCUUCUUACCAAGUAUGUACCCUGAAAUCCCUGCUUCCAACAAUUCAAUUCCCACCUAAUUAAUUUUCCUUCCUAGCACCCAGGGUGACUGACUCUUGACUCUUUUUUUUUUUUUUUUUGGAAGGACUGAGCAGGCCAAGAAACCCAACCCCUCUCCACCAACUGGAGCCCCGCCUCUGCCCCAGGAGGCCUGGAGCUGCAGGCCAAAGAGGGAGAGGGGACUGCGCUCCUGCUCCGUGGGUGGCAGGCCGGGUGGGGGAGCGUGGGCUCUGCUGUCUCAUCCAGUUGGACCGCCAAGGGUCACUCUAAAAAUUGCUGCUGCUGGGACUCAUCAGGUGGCUGCUGGUGGCUCCCCACCGUAUUUUCCUUCUCCCCCCCUCUCUCUCCACAGAUUGCUUCCCAAGAGGAGCCCACUGCUGAAGACUCAUCAUCACACAUCCAGACACCACACAGGAGGGUAAGGAGCUGGGGCCACGAUCUCCAAUUCCUGUCUUCUAGAUUCGAGGCAAGAUCUUACCUGUGACAGUGUGUUUGCCAACAUGGCCCCCAAAAAGAAGACUGUCAGAAAGAGCAAGGGAGAUAUCAAUGAGAUGACCAUAAUCGUAGAAGAUUGCCCCCUAAACAAACUAAAUGCUUUGAAUGGGCUCCUAGAGGGAGGCAAUGGCCUUAGCUGCAUUUCUUCUGAAUUAACAGAUGCUUCCUAUGGCCCCAACCUCUUGGAAGGCUUAAGUAAAAUGAGGCAGGAGAACUUCCUUUGCGACCUAGUCAUCGGCACCAAAACCAAAUCCUUUGAUGUUCACAAGUCAGUGAUGGCUUCGUGCAGUGAAUACUUUUACAACAUCCUAAAAAAAGACCCAUCUACCCAAAGGGUGGAUCUCAAUGAUAUCUCACCGCUGGGCCUGGCUACUGUCAUUGCAUAUGCCUACACCGGAAAGCUGACGCUCUCCUUGUAUACAAUAGGAAGCAUUAUUUCUGCUGCUGUUUAUCUUCAGAUCCAUACCCUUGUAAAGAUGUGCAGUGAUUUUCUGAUCCGAGAGAUGAGUGUUGAGAAUUGCAUGUACAUUGCUAACAUUGCUGAAACAUACUCCUUGAAAAAUGCAAAAGCGGCAGCUCAAAAAUUUAUCCGGGAUAACUUCCUUGAAUUUGCAGAAUCAGAUCAGUUUUUGAAACUUACAUUUGAGCAAAUUAAUGAACUUCUUAUAGAUGAUGACUUGCAGUUGCCUUCUGAAAUAGUAGCAUUCCAGAUUGCAAUGAAGUGGUUAGAAUUUGACCAAAAGAGAGUGAAAUACGCUGCAGAUCUCCUAAGCAAUAUCCGCUUUGGUACCAUCUCUGCACAAGACCUGGUCAAUUAUGUUCAGUCUGUACCAAGAAUGAUGCAAGAUGCUGAUUGUCACAAACUUCUUGUAGAUGCUAUGAACUACCACUUACUUCCAUAUCAUCAAAACACAUUGCAGUCUAGGCGCACGAGAAUCCGUGGGGGCUGUCGAGUCCUCGUCACUGUUGGGGGACGUCCAGGCCUUACUGAGAAGUCCCUUAGUAGAGACAUCCUGUACAGAGACCCUGAAAAUGGAUGGAGCAAGCUUACAGAAAUGCCAGCCAAGAGUUUUAAUCAGUGUGUGGCUGUGAUGGACGGAUUUCUUUAUGUGGCUGGUGGUGAAGACCAGAAUGACGCAAGAAAUCAAGCCAAGCAUGCAGUCAGCAAUUUCUGCAGAUACGAUCCCCGCUUCAACACCUGGAUACACCUGGCCAACAUGAACCAGAAGCGCACGCACUUCAGCCUGAGCGUGUUCAACGGGCUCCUUUACGCUGUGGGCGGCCGCAAUACCGAAGGCAGCCUGGCCUCGCUCGAGUGCUACGUGCCCUCCACCAAUCAGUGGCAACCCAAGACGCCCCUGGAGGUGGCGCGCUGCUGCCACGCCAGCGCGGUCACCGACGGCCGCGUGCUGGUGACCGGCGGGUACAUCGGCAGCGCGUACUCGCGCUCCGUGUGCGCCUACGACCCGACCAGUGACUCGUGGCAGGAGCUGCCGGGCCUGAGCACGCCCCGAGGCUGGCACUGCGCGGUCACGCUGGGCGACAGGGUGUACGUGAUGGGGGGCAGCCAGCUGGGGCCGCGCGGGGAGCGCGUGGACGUGCUGACCGUGGAGUGCUACAGCCCGGCCACCGGCCAGUGGAGCUACGCGGCGCCGCUGCUAGUGGGUGUGAGCACGGCCGGCGCCUCGGCGCUGCACGGCCGCGCCUACCUGCUGGGGGGCUGGAACGAGGGCGAGAAGAAGUACAAGAAGUGCAUCCAGUGCUUCAGCCCGGAGCUCAACGAGUGGACGGAGGACGACGAGUUGCCCGAGGCCACCGUGGGCGUGUCCUGCUGCACCCUCUCGAUGCCCAACAGCGUGACCCGGGAAUCCCGAGCCAGCUCGGUGUCCUCGGUGCCAGUCAGUAUCUGAACCCAGGUAGAUUCGGGGAUUCAGGAAGGGCAAAUAGGCGUUCGUGGGUUCCCUUUGGGUUAGCGAAAAGGAAAAUAUAUAGCAUUUACUACAAUGAUUGUAUCUUACACUAUAUCAAGGCAUAUGUCUUGGUAGUUUUAAAUUCCUGGUAUGGCGGGCGUAAUCUACCUCUGUGUCUUUUUUUUUUUUUUUUAAGCAGAAUGCAAGGCCCUGGCCAACAAAGAAAAGAAACCAUUUAUUUCCGUGGCCACUGGGUGGCAGACAGAAGUCGUUGUAGGCCCUCUUCCACCGGGGCAUGUUCCUUAAUGGAUAGCGGUUACACCCACAUUUGAGAUUUUUCUUCUACCCUUUAGUACACAUGAAGCUUAUGUGAGUAAUUAGUUUCAUAUACGAAAGUUUAUCUUCUUCUCUCGACUUUUUCUCUAGGAAGUUAAAAGUAUUCAUUUAUAGCUUUUCUUUUAAAAUAGAAAUCUAUCCAUAUCCUUAAAGACUUAAUUCUACGUUUAAAAGCAGUUUCUUUUUCUAGACAUGACUGAGUAAAGAAUAUUGAAAGGCGUCCCAUGAUAAAGUCAUAAAGCUUAAAACAAAGUUUGGGUGGAAAGUAACAGGGAUUCCACCCUGGGACUGUCACACUGAUCCUUUUGGUUUAUCCCUUAUUCUCCUCUUCCUUUGUGCCUCAGUCCCCAGGGUAUUUGCUAUCGAAAAAUACUGCUCUCAAAAAAGGAACUACAAGUCAUUUAGUGUAUGGUGUAAAUUUAGGCCAUUUUGUUGUUUCUCUUAGAAGUAUUUGCACUUUAACUUUUGUCCCCUAUUAAAGGAAUCGUGACUAUCAUGGGAGCCUUACUCUGACCCUAAAAACGACACCUAGAUGCAACCUUGACCCUAAUAUAAGCCCCAAGAAGAACACCAAAUAAAACUAUGGCCAUAAAGACCAUUAACUUAAAGUUUAUAUAGCCCGAAGGUUAUACAACUAAUAACGAGUAUUUGAUUUCCCCCAUUUUUUAUAAGGAUGAGAAUGAAGGGAACAUUUGGAAUUCUUGGGUUUGGCAGUAACAGGAUGAACGGCUUCUCCUGUUGGUAAAUGUCACUGUUUCCAAUUGUGUAGCAAUCCUCCUGAUUUCUUAAUUAAAACUCUAUUCUAACACUAUUCAUUUCACAUGGAAAUAUCAAUGCCCAUUCUGUUCUGUAUGCUUUAACUUCAUCUGCUCCAAAUUAGCUUUGCAAAUUAAAGUGUAUCCACUUGAUAUAAUUUUUCUUACAUAUUUGCCACGUUUUGGAGCAAGGGAAUGAUUGUAGUAAAUGAUACAUAUUUUCCUUUCUUAUAAUUUAUCACUUUAUUCUUUGGUGGUUUAUUUGUUUUGGAGACGUGGCCUAUCAGUUAUGGGUUAUGUGCAAUUGGGUUUUGAAAAAUAAAACUAUUUAAAUGUCUAACCAUGAGAUAUAUGGAAACCUAACUGGGUUUUCAUUAAUCCCGUUUCUCCUACCUUAGGUUAUUUCUAGAGUUACAAUAUUUAUAUUUAAAAUAUCUUCUUUGAACUGUGAAAAGUGGUUCAUGUAGUGCACUUUGUGGAACAAUUUUAUAUCAUUGCCCCUUAUGAAAAGUUCAAUCUCUGUGUAUUUAAUGGUAAUGCUUGGUAAAGCAUACAACACUGUGAGCUGAGAACAAGGCAUUAUUAAUGUAAAAACACUGGGCUGUUUCCUCACCCCACA